AUGGAAGUAGUUCCUCCUGAAUGUGAAUGGUUGGAUCCUUUGCUAUGGUUAAUGUUAGUUAUUGUUAAUCUGUUAAUUAAUCAAAUAUUGAUUUGUCGAUUAUGUAGGGCAUCUCUUGCAGAGCUCAUUGGCACGUCUGUCCUCGUGUUUGCCUUAGACACCAUAGUCAUCCCUUCCUAUGAGACCCCAACCAAAACGCCUAAUGUUCUCAUGUCCAUUUUCAUCUCCCUCACUGUUACAAUUCUCUUACUUGCAACUUUUCCAAUUUGUGGUGGCCACAUCAACCCUGUCGUUACAUUCUCAGCUGCCCUGAUUGGUCUCAUCUCAUUUGCACGUGCCACCAUCUACAUUGUUGCCCAAUGCGCUGGAGCUGUGCUAGGGGCACUCGCAGUUAAAGCUACAGUGAGUAGCACAAUUGUACAUGCCUUCUCUCUUGGUGGUUGUACUCUCACUGUUAUUGCACCAGGCCCAUAUGGACCUGUAACAGUUGGUAUAGAAACAGGCCCUGCCCUUUGGCUUGAGAUUGUAUGUACUUUUGUCUUCCUUUUUGCUUCUGUUUGGAUUGCGUUCGACCAUUGCCAAGCAAAGGCUCAUGGACCUGUUAUUGUUUGCUCGAUUAUUGGACUUAUAGUUGGCUUGCUGGUGUAG